GCAGUGGGAUGGUCCUGCCGGCCCCCGGCCGCGCCCCGCACCUAAGCAGCCUCAGGAUGGCGGAGGGCCUGCCCGGACGUGAACCCCACCUCUGAGCAGCCGGCGAACAGAAUACAGAGACGGACGGUCACCCUUGUCCAAUGGCCUGGGGCAGCCGAGAGGCCGGGCUGGAGCCGGCGAUCGGCUGCACCCUGAGCUGUAGUUGUCAGUGUUUCAAACCGGGAAAGAUCAACCCCCGUCAGUGCGAGCAAUGCAGACAUGGCUGGGUGGCCCACGCCCUGAGCAAACUGAGGUUCCCCAACCUGUACCCCCCCAGCCAAGUGGAGAUCGUCCAGUCCAACGUGGUCUUCGACAUUGGCAGCCUCAUGCUCUACGGGACUCAGGCCGUCCCAGUCCGCCUGAAGAUCCUGCUGGACCGACUCUUCAGCGUCCUCAAGCAGGAGGAGGUCAUCCAGAUCUUGCAUGCGCUGGAUUGGACCUUGCAGGAUUACAUCCGCGGCUAUGUGCUUCAGGAUGCCUCGGGCAAGGUGCUGGACCACUGGAGCAUCAUGACGGGGGAUGAGGAGAUGGCGGCGCUCCAGCAGUUCCUGCGUUUCGGGGAGACCAAGUCGAUCGCGGAGCUCAUGGCCAUCCAGGAGAAGGAGGGGCAGCUGAUGGUGGCCCCCCCGGCCCCCGCCAACCUGGACAUCCGAGCCUUCAUCGAGAGCUGCGGCCAGCGCGGCUCCGGCCUCCCCGCCCCGGGCCCCGUCCACCCCUUCGAGAACCCGGUGGACAACGUGGCCUUCAUGCUGCCUUUCCAGUUGUUCGCCCCGCUGCCCCCGCCCCUGAUCGGCGCCCUGCCCGAGGCGGAGCCGGGCCGGGACCGGGGGAGCGACCCCUCCGGGCGGGACGGGCGGGCGUCCUGCCCCGGGGGUGGCUUCCCGUCGCCUCCCCGGGGCCCGUUCCGCGCCGGGGAGGCCGAGCCGGCCGAGCCCGCCCCGGACGGUGGACCCCGCCGGGCGGACCCGGAACCCGGCCCGCCGGGCCCGCCGUCCCCCCGGGCCCGGGGGGCGGAGAGGGGGGGCCCGCGCAAAGGGAGGGUCUUCUGCACGGCCUGCGAGAAGACCUUCUACGACAAGGGCACCCUGAAGAUCCACUACAACGCAGUGCAUCUGAAGAUCAAGCACAAGUGCACCAUCGACGGCUGCAACAUGGUGUUCAGCUCCCUGAGGAGCCGGAACCGGCACAGCGCCAACCCCAACCCCCGCCUCCACAUGCCCAUGAAUCGCAACAACCGCGACCGGGACCUCCGCCGGGGCCCCGACGACGUCAAGAGGCCGCCCGGACCCCCGCCCCGCGAGCCGGACCCCCGGCCCGAGGUGAAGGCCCCCGCCGGCCCGGGCCCCAACGGCGUCCUCUUCCCCAUCCUGAAAACGGUCCAGCCGGUCCUCCCCUUCUACCGCAGCCCGGUGCCCCCGGCCGAGCUGGCCCACACGCCCGGCGCCCUGCCGUCCCUCCCCCCGCUGUCGUCCUCCGCCGGCCCGGGGGGCGAGGGCCUGCCCCCGUUCGACCCCCUGCCCAAGAAGAAGUCGCGCAAGUCCAGCAUGCCCAUCAAGAUCGAGAAGGGGGCGGCGGAGGACGGCCCCUCGCGGGCGGGCGGCGAGGGCGAGCCGGAACCCGGGGCCGCCUGGCCGCCGUCGGGCGGGGCCUGGGGGGCCCCCCCAGAGGGCGGGCCCCCGCCACGGACCGACCCCGGCCGGGACCUCCGGGAGAGCCCCGCGGAGGACGACCCGGCCGCCGGGCACGGCCGGACGUUCGCCCUGGGGACCGGGGAGCGGCUCCUCGGCGACCCCCCGCUCCUGGCCCGCUUUUUCGGACCGCCCCCGGGCCCCCCGUCUUUCGAGAAGGAGCCCGCCGAGCCCGGGACGCCCCCCGGUGACGCACCCCGGCCCCGCUUUCUGGCCGCGGCCUUUCUCGGCGCCUUGCCCUCCCGGGGAACGGUUCCGCCCUGUCGCGAAGACCCCCGGGGACCGGAGUUUGCUGGGCCGAGGGAAGAGAGUCGCUUCCACUGCGACAUCUGCCAGAAGACUUUCAAAAACCCGUACAGCGUGAAGAUGCAUUACCGAAAUGUCCACCUGAAAGAGAUGCACCUUUGCACGGUGGAAGGUUGCAAUGCUACCUUCCCUUCCCGCCGAAGCCGAGACAGACACAGCUCCAACCUCAACCUACACCACAAGCUCCUGACCAAAGAGGCCCCGGAGAUGCCCCCGAUCCCCCCGUCCUACCUGACUCCGGACGUGCCCGGCGAGGCCUACCGGGACCUCCGACCGCCCUCCGCCCAGACGUCCGUUCUCUUCAAGGGCAUGAACCGGACCGGCAGCCUGGUCUACCCCAUGAGCAAGCUCCGGGACCCCCGCCCGGAGGUCUACGGCUACCCCCCAGCGCCCGAGGGCGCCGGCUAUCCCCCGACGCCCGAGGGCACGGUCCUGGACCUGAGCACCACCUCCAGCGCCCCGUCGGAGGGCAGCGCCCCCUCGUCCUGGGACUCGGACGGAGGGAGCGACGAGGGGCUCGCGGCCCUGGACGACAGCGACGAGAGCUGCGCGGGGGACUCCGACCGCCGGGCCGGGCCCCGCCCGGCCCACCCACCCCCUGGCCUGCCCAUCACCUGCCACCUGUGCCAGAAGAUCUACAGCAACAAGGGCACCUUCCGGGCCCACUACAAGACGGUGCACCUCCGCCAGCUGCACAAGUGCAAAGUGCCGGGGUGCGACACCAUGUUCUCCUCGGUCCGCAGCCGAAACCGCCACAGCCAGAACCCCAACUUGCACCGGAGCUUGGCUUCACCGACCCACAGCCUCCCUUAAGAGGCGCGGCGACCCGGUCCGGCCCUCCCCCUACCUGCCCCCAAGUCUCCGUUGGCUCGGACGAUGGAGACGCCGGGCCGUCUGAGGUGAUUCUGCCCGCGCGGAGGAGCGGAUUUGGGGAGGAGGUGGGAGGCAGCCGCCGGUGAGCGUCCUUCGUCUGAAGCGUCGAUCCCCCCGCCCGGCCACCGCUCCGAGGGCCGGUUCCCCGGGGGGGACCGAAGCGCCCGGCCGAUUUCCCCCGCCGGAGGCGGCCCGUCACCGGCCCCAUCAACGAGCCCUUCCAUGACAUCGAGGGCCGAGGGCGGGGGCGUCAGGUUGGAGGCCGUGGGGUUGGCGAUUUCCUCACGUAAGGUGUCUCCCGCCCCAGGAAGCCUGUCAAGGCUCGUGACGCAUGCAUGACAGGCCUUCCUUGCCGAGGUCUGUCCAGAGACGCUUUUAGAGCCCACCUUUCAGGGGCCGGGGGUUGGGGGGGGGAGAUCCUCCUCUCUGUCACCCCACACUCGCUUCCCUGUCCCCGCUGCGGCUCAGAGAACCGCCCGGAACGAUUUCCCUCCGUCGGCAGAAAAGAACGGACACGGGCCCAAACGUUACCUCAGAGGCCCGGAAGCGCCCAUCUCUCCAGGAAGGCAAAACUCCGGUCGGUCCCGAGGGAUCGGUCUUCUGCCGUGACACCCCAGCACGGGGAAACUUAAAAGCUAUCCUUGAGACCAGGGGCAUCGUGACUGAUGGUAUUCUGCACUUCAUACUGGGUUUGCAUUUUAUUUAAAAACGUUUUGAUAAUAUUUAAUUUGUGGUCAUGUCAUACAAGUCUUGUAUGUGUCUGUGGCGGGCAACGGUAUGCUCGACUGAGUCUUUUCUAAAGAGCAGAAGAAACGCUAAACCGGGUUUGGCCAAACCACUGCUUAGUUUGACGGUUUUCAUUUUUAUUUUAUUUUAUUUUUUCAUUUUGUAAACUCUCGAAUUUCUAUUCUGGUUUUGACCAGUUGUGGUACCCAAGCAUGCUUCUCCGACAGCACAAUUUGUAUAUAUUAUCCCAAAGUGCUGCGAGUAUUUGUGGUUUUUUCUAGGGUCGGGGUGGGUUUUCCAGGAUAACUGGAGCUCUUCUUUUUCAGGCAUUUUUGGACAUGUUAAGAUUAUAAACUGAACCUCAGGGUUUAGUUGGUAGGAAGAAAAGGGCAAAGUGACAGCCAUAGUUUGUCUUCCUGUUUAACUUAUUGUAGGAUGCUCCAAAUACGUAUGGAACCACUUCAUAUUGUACAAACAAAGCUAAACCAAAUGAAAAGAGUUCACAGUGUAGGAGAUCUGAUUGUGCAUUUUGCAAACCCGAGGCCGUUAGGAUCGUUCAGAUCCGUGCCAACCGGAAAUGGGUUUUGUACCCCAAGUGGAACUCAACCCACCUUUUAUAUUUUUUCAGUAGCGUUGAGAAACGACGAGAGGUCCGUAACGACGGUCAGUGCUUUAUAAAGAAACAUGUUAUUACUCUAGCCUUCUGGUGAAACCCGCCGAUAUUCUGUUGCCGAUUUUCUACCCGUUUGUAGAAGCGUGAUUGUCUAACCUUUUGGGCUCGGUCUGCGACGGUAUGUUGCAUCUCUCAAAUAUUGUACUUCCCAGGCCUCGUGUUUUUUCAGUUUCCAAAAAAAAAAAAAAGUAGCUAAUUUGUAUACCCUCUGAGUUUGUUUUGUAUGCGUUAAUAAAAAUAUACCACAUAUCCCCUGCCCAAUGCA